AAAAGGAAGUCCAAGUCCUAUGGAUCAGUUGUUCAGGUAGUGAUAUUCGAAAUGAACAGGUUGACGAAAUUGUCGUUUUGUUUUUUGGUACUGGUGUUGGCAGAAGGAACCCAUCUUCCACCACCAUCACAUGUACCACCACCAAUCAACAUAAAUGUGAAAUCAUCGUCAUCAGUCUUAUACAAUCCAUCAAACAAUGGUCCAGUCUUGCCCAGUCCACCAAAGAAUGGUCCAGCCUCACCCACUCCACCAAAGAAUGGUCAAGUUUCACACAUGCCACCAAAGAAUGGCCCAGUCUUGAGCGUUCCACCAAAGCAUGAUUCAACCUUCAACAAUCCACCGAAGAAUGGUCCAGUCUCGGCCAGUCCACCAAAGAAUGGUCCGGUAUCACCCAGUCUACCAAAGAAUGAUCCAAUGUUGCCCAUUCCACCAAAGAAACCACAAGGACCAGGAGUUUUUUCGAAAAAUAACGUGCAUGCAGGAAAUAGCCAUAGAGGAGAAGAAUUGCACAUAAAAG